GAGAGACACAGAGAGAGAGAGACACACACACAGCUGUUCUUCAUUAUGGGAAACUUUUUCACCGCCCUGUUAUUUCGUCUCAGAGAGAACAGACCAGUCAGAAUAUUAAUGGUUGGUCUGGAUGCAGCCGGAAAGACUACAGUGCUCUAUAAGCUCAAACUGGGUGAAGUCGUCACAACCAUUCCUACUCUCGGCUUUAAUGUCGAGAAGGUCGAUUACAAGAACAUCACCUUCACCGUGUGGGACGUCGGAGGGCAGGACGUCAUCAGACGGCUCUGGAGACACUACUAUCAGAACACCGCUGGUCUCAUCUUUGUGGUGGACAGCAGCGACCGUGAGCGCAUCCAGGAAGCCGCUUUGGAGCUGCAGAACAUGCUGGAGGAAGAUGAGCUGAAGGAUGCUGCUGUGUUGGUUCUUGCUAACAAACAGGAUAUGCCCGACGCCAUGCCGGUCCAGGAGAUGACCGAGAAACUCGGACUGCACUCCAUGAAGGGACGAACUUGGUACGUCCAGUCGACUUGUGCGAUAAACGGAACAGGUUUAUACGAAGGAUUGGACUGGAUGGCUGCUCAAGUGUAACACUGCACAAAUACGAACCUAUUUAUAACCUUAUGCAAACGUAUAUACUAUGUAUAUUUAAAGGGAAGGACUGGAUCAUGAGCACUUUGUUUUGAAGUUUUACAAUAUUUUGUAAAUAUGUCAGUAUGUGUUUACUUCUGAGAUUUGCUUACUGUGCCUUUAUAUAUUAGUCGAAUCAAACUGAACACAUCUGUCUAUGUGUAUUUCUACUGUGUGUGUUCAAUAUAUUAAAAAGAUUUUAAACUCA